CGCUGACCACAAUUAUGGCGCCGAGUCAAUGUUUCUUUUUUGCGCCGCGGUGGAAAGGGAGGCUGAAAGUACCACAUAUUCCCAUCCAAUCUUACUACUCCUCGAAACCUUGAAUUGGCGCCUUCGCCCGUGACGCCAUGAUAGAUACCAAGACGCGCUCUCUGCGUUGAUACUGCUACUAUCGGGUCCUUUUCUUUGGCAUUGCGCGUCAUCGCACCGCGGCGAUCCGUGGAUGGACGAGACGGAAAGACAAUGGCCGACCACAGCAGCAACAUAGACGACGACAUUGUGACGAAACGCGACACGCACUACAACCAGCAACGCUCUUCCUACCGUUCUUCUCUAAAUUCCAAUAAAUCAUCUGCGCGGCCGCCAAGCCGUCCCCGCAGGCCCAGUUCCUUGCAUCGCCUCGACGACUUCGACCUGGAUCUUGAGAAGUUGCAGACUCCCACGUCGCCGUAUCGCGCCGACAGCGAUACCCUUCCCUAUCCUGGCGAGAACGCGUCGCCUUCGCCCACUGUUCCGUAUACCAGGAGGAGAGAUGACAGCAGUGUGAGGAAGUAUCCAAGGGACAGGAGUGGGAAGCGGAUAUCACGGAGUACGACGGGUUCGCGAGCAGGAGACGAGGGAGGAUUCGACGACCUACUCGUGCCAGAGCCCUGGCUCCAAUCGUACGAACUCAAUGCGAAUUCCCCGCCGCUCCGGACGCCGAGGACGCGAGACCAAAGUCGACGUGCCUACAGGGACCAUGUAGAGAGUCCACACUCGUACGGGUCAAGAAUGCAGCGAUCGAGACGACCGUCUUUUCCGUUGGGACGGGGGGCGUCGGGGACGGCUUCAGGGUCGCAAUUGGAUAUCACGGCUCUGCCCAGCUUAGCCGACGUCAAAGACGACGACUUCGCAGCUCGCCAUGCACACUCGAAGCCCACGCCUCAGGCGCAGAGAGCAUCCAGAUACGCGACGGAGCUGUACACCAUCUCCUAUCUGAUCUUCUUCGCUAUAUGGGGCACGCUCGCACGUCUAGGUCUCCAAGCCCUGACCUUCUACCCCGGCGCACCCGUCAUCUUCUCCGAGCUAUGGGCCAAUGUCGCGGGGACAUUUAUCAUGGGUUUUCUAGCCGAAGACCGACGCUUGUUUCGCGCAGAAUGGGGGGAUCGCGGCGAACCUUUACCAGAGCCUCAAGAUCGACCCACUGAGUCUGAACCUGGUGGGGGCGACCUGGAAAGACAGCGCGACAAAGCGCGACAUGGAAAGGUCAAGAAGACGAUACCCAUGUAUAUCGGCCUUGCAACCGGGUUCUGCGGCUCGUUUACCUCGUUCUCGAGUUUUAUCCGCGACGUCUUUCUCGCCUUGUCGAAUGAUCUCCGCUCGCCUAUUAACCAUGCGUACCCCCCAAACGUGCCUGUUCCAGCGGUAUCUACGACAGUUCCAAGAAAUAGCGGCGACUCCUUCAUGGCAAUAUGCGCCACCAUCUUCAUCACAGUAACAGCAUGCUACUCCGCCCUGAAACUCGGGUCCCAUCUCGCCCUGCUCCUCGACCCCUAUACACCCACGCUCCCCUUCCGCUUCACACGCCGCAUUCUCGACCCGCUCAUCGUCUUACUCGGCUGGGGCAUAUGGCUCGGCGCAGUCCUCCUGUGCAUUUUGCCACCCCACAACGCAUGGCGCGGCCAGGCGCUCUUCGCAUGCGUCUUCGCCCCGAUCGGCUGUCUGACGCGCUACUACAUCUCCCUCCUUCUUAACCCCCUCUCGCCGUCAUUCCCCCUGGGCACAUUCGCAGUCAACAUCUUCGGCACCGCGGUGCUGGGCAUGGCGUAUGACCUCCAACAUGUACCUUUAAGCGCAACGGGGCUCGUGGGCGGGAGCGCAAUCAGCUGCCAGGUUCUGCAGGGCAUUAUGGAUGGGUUUUGUGGCGCGUUGACGACGGUGUCGACGUGGAUGUUGGAGAUCGAUACGUUGAGAAGGAGGCAUGCGUAUGUGUAUGGUGCGGUUAGUGUUGCCGCGGGGCUGGGUUUGUUGGUUGUAAUUAUGGGGAGUGUGAGGUGGACGGUGGGCUGGGAGGGUAUUCUUUGCACGACUUAAUGUAUAGGUUGGCUCUGAGGAAGUCCUCAAUAAUACGCAAGUGGCUGCACCACAGGGAUUUGUCAAGGAGUUGACUGGAAAUUUUGGUUUGGAUGUACGAUGUUAUGUUUUGGGAUGAACGGAACUGGUAGGUCAUGUAUAUAAUGGAGGGUCAUUUGGAUAAUUCGGUACUAUAUACCCAGGACAAAGGAUAGGAGGAGCGAUGACUUCUCACCGCUUGGUGUCGACAUUUUGUUGUAUUAGUAAAGAGGAGGAUGUUUAAUAUCAAAGGUUUAAGCUUGCAGUGGCUUCUUGAGUUUCAGUGUCGUAUAACGACGAUCGUACCACACAAUACAGAGCAGCGUUCUUUUGAUUUUGUACAGCAGGCAUGAUCAUAUAGACUUUCGUUACGCUAACCACAUAGUGUGACACUCA